AUGAAGGGGCGUUCGGCUGAUGCAGGGGGCGACAGAAGUUCGCGUUCUGCCACCCACUGCAACGCACGUUCCUCUCGUGGCGGCUCGCCGUCUUCGGCUCCGCGUUUGGGGAUCUGUCGGGAGUUGUCGGCGCUCGGCUCCGAGCUUCAGGCGCUGGAUCUUCAGCAGCAGAUCCUGUUUGAUCCGUCCGUUUCCCCAAACGACAAUCGUCUCACAGUCAGUUUUCCGCCGUUUACUCGGCAGGUAGAAGACGAAUCCGCGGGUGCGCUGCCGCGCGAAUCUCCGGCAACGAAGUUUCGAAGUUCCCGCCAGAGAGACGGUCUGGACGAAGUCUUGGGCGAACUCGCGAAACCUGUCGACCUCGGGGUGUCGCCGCCCCCCUCGAUUUCAGCCGCCGCAAAGCGCGAGGCUGUCGCCGACGCGUCUCUCCGCCCUCUUCCCGCGCCGACGGAUACGCGUUUGCGGAAACUCGAGGACGCGCCCAGUAAAUUUCGCAUUGGCGUUCGCCAGCAAGCUCGCCCCGUCACGUAUGCCGAAGCAGUCGACAGAACGCGAAAGGACAACGAACGCCAAGAAAAAGGUGCCGUGAGGUUCGCCGCAGCGAGCGCCGCGGUCGCCGCUGCCGCGACAGCUGUCGGGGCCGACGCUGACCAAAUUGAGUGCUUCGUGACGGUCGAGGAGGAGGCUUCGCCCGUGCAGGUAUCUCAAGAGAAAGUGGGAGAACGGGCUGGAAGUUCCGGUUCUGAGACUGCCACGGGAGGCGAGCAGUCCGUUCCUUGGUCGACUCCAAAGAUGGUCCAGAGCGCCGCCGUUGGCCCGCGCCGAGAAGUCUCUCGGGUUCCCAGUCCCGCCAGGAAGCGAGAGACAGAGACUCACAUGCCCGACGCGGUCAGCGAACCUCGGGUGUACAGCCACAGCCGAUGGGUAGACGAGCGUCGCGGGGAAGGCGGCGCGCCGCCCGGGCAAUUUCCUUUUCCCAAAGGACUCACAGAGAUGCAGGAGCGAAUGGAGGAGGAAUGGAUCGACCGGGAACGGCGGCUGCGCGCGGAGCACAAACGCGAGUUGGAAAGAGCCGUGGCUCACGCGUCAGAAAAGCUGUCCCGCGAGUACAGUCGCCGACUCGUGUUUGAGUUGCAGGAGCAAGAAAAGGCUCUCUUGGCGGAGAUGCACGAGCGCCACCGCCAGGCGCUGGCUGAAAUCCGAAGCAUCUCCGAAUCGAAGACAGAUGCCCAGGAAGAAACUCAGCGCUUCCAGCAUGAAGCCAGUGCGAAGGAGCACCAGCUUCAAAAGGUUCUCCACGAAGCGCGCCUCCUGGAGAGUGAACGCGAGGCCCUCGCUGCCAAAGUGCAGCAUUUGGAGGCGGAGAACGCGAGUCUCCACGCAGCUCUGGCGUCCCUGGAGAAACAGACUUGCAGCCAACGCGCGAAAGAAGAGGAUCUUCAGCUUCGCCUGGAUCGCCUGAAGGCCUCGAACGACCGCUUGCAGGUUCAGCUGCAACAUGAACAGCAACUCGCAGCGAAUUUCGCGCAGAAGCGAAGAGGCCUGGAGCGAGAGGUCGAGGUUCUCGACGAGAAACGGGCGGUUGCGGAGCGUGAGUGGAAACGGGUCGCGGCGGAGCUCCGCGAACUCCAAGAGCGCCAGGCAGGUCUGUGCGCCUCCAAUGCGCACCUGCAGAACGAACUCGACAACGCCAUACGACAUGGGAAGAACCUCGAACAGAGAAUCGACGAAGACAAAAGCAAGGACGAUGAACGACAAAAAUUGUCGCAGCGCGUAGAGAAGCUCGAAGAGGAGAAGGAGACCACAGAGAGGCGUCACACAGACGAAAUAACCUCUCUUCGGAACCGCAUCAAGCAUUUGGACGCCGUCGAGUGCCAACUUCGAACGACUCUCCAGGACUUCAACAGUCAAAACCUGGAAGUCAAGCGGUUGAGAGACGAGAACGCCACGCUGCUUGCGGAGCUGCGUCACCAGAACAAAGAGGACUACACAAAGAAGCUGGACCAACAGGCUCUCCACAACGACUUGAUCACGGUGAAACAGGAGAAUACCGAUCUGCGCAAGGAACUGAGUCGCCUCAUCAAGGAACGGAACUCUGCCGGGUCCUGUGGAUCUCUUCCACCCUACACCCCUGCAAGGCCCAAUUCCUUGUCGACCGCUCCCUCGCCGGACAACCCUUUGGCGAUGCAGCUCUACAGUUCCGAGACUCCACCAGUCGGAGGCCCCGCGGGAGGUCGACAGGAUCCCAUGAUGACGGAGCACGAUGCGUCCGUCUGUCCGUCCCUCACCGGUACCUUCAAUCGUCGAUGCUUCACUUCAGCAGGAAAACCGUGGUGCGUCGAGGACCCGUCGAUCCCGCCUUCGAAUCUGCAUCGCGAAGCCUUUGACAGUCCGACGCUCCGCGCAAAACAAACGGCCCUGCGCUGUCCGACUUCGAUCAAUCCGCCGGGGCGACGCACGCAGCCGCCGCCAGCUGCGGGCGAUGCGUCCAACCCCAUUCAGCACGUGCACUACCCCACUGUCGCCUCGCGCGUCGGCAUGCGGGGUGACCAUCCCUCGUACAUGUACGAGGGGUACCACGGCGAGUUGCGGCAAGCGGCAGCUUUGGGCGCUCUCGCAGAAAGCGGUCCUACCCGAGGCAUCUCGCCCGCGGCCGCGCUCCCCGUGACAGCCGAGACGCCCGAGCAAAUUGCCUCCCUCGAGUCUCAGUUGCUCCUGCUGGCAACGGAGCGCAAGCGCAUCGAAGGCGAACUGAGCAAGAUUCCUUCCGCCCGUGGCCGAACUGCCCGAGAGCGGCAGCAGCUGCAGUGCCUCGAGAGCCGUCUGGCCGAGGUUGACGGGACAAUGCACCGAAUGAAACAGACGCUUUUCCAGGCGCAACGACGAAAGAAUUGA